AUGACACGGGGCUACGAGACCAUGCACUCGGAGCGCGUGCAGGCCGAGUUCGGCUACACGCCGCUGAUCUGGGAGACGGAGACUCCGCCGCGGCUCUCGACGGCCGAACAGUGCCGCUUCUUCACCGCCGACAGCCAGGGUCGCGUCGUCUACCUUAUCCCGCCGCAAGCGCCCAUCGUGGACAGUGUCGAUGUCAGGCUGACCUCGGGAUACGGUGGCGAAGGCCUGUUCCGGAGUCUCGUGACCUUUUUCUCCCCCUCCAACUCCUACCUCACCAUUGACGUUCACCUGCUGCCCGACGAGCUGCCAUGCCGAGGGGACGUCACCGUCCAGCUGCUGACGUCACUGGAGAAGGACGUGCCGCCAAUGGUGUACCAGGUGAUGUCGCGCAGCGAGAUCCUGCGAUCAGGCCGGGUGUCCAGCUCGAGCCUGACACUGUCGGUGACGUCGGCCAUGAGCCCGCAGUUCAAGCUGCUGGUGUUCUUCGUGCUGGACUCGGGCGAGGUGGUGAGCGACGCGGUCGUCCUCAAGGUGGAGCAGUGCUUCAACAACCAGGUGGAUGUCAGCUGGGAUAAGGAGACGGCCCAGCCCGGGGAGUCCGCCUCCUUCACUGUCAGCGCCUCGCCCGACUCCGUAUGUGGCGUCAGCGCCGUCGACCGGAGCACAGAGCUGCUGGGAACCGGUAACCAGAUCACCGUGGAGGGCGUGUUCAGCCAGUUGAGGCAGUUCAUCUCCCAGGGCUUCCAUAGGCUAUCACAGGCGACCGCACAGGACUACUGCCGUAACCAGCAGAGGAGUCUGAUUCACAUCCUGCAACGGUAAGUUUGUCUUGAGACGCGGGAGAGGGUACUAUUAGCCUGUCGUCUUUUCCUAAUGAAUCCGCAUAACCGUUAGAGCUUGAUGUGUCGGUACGUUGGUGAGCAGGCACACCAAGUCAAAGCUGACAAUCUGUGUGUCAAGUGAUUGGCGCAUGUCCUUUACCGAGCAGACCAAGUAGAGAUGAUUUCUUCAUGUGGAGUGGUGACUUUCCACUUCGCUGAUGAUGUUGGCCAGGAAUUGGAUCAACAUCUGGAAAGCUGAACCGGCAGCUGACGAUGACUUUCGGGGUAACAGUGUACAUGUGCACCUAUCACAGUUCGUAAAUGUGUAGCAGUUUGCGGCAAUGCUUGUUUCGAUGUUUGUUUUCAUCAUUUCUCAGGUUUGCUGUAGUUUUUUAAGUUUUUAAGGAGCUUGGUCAAGACAUUUUCUUCCGUUUCCUGUGUAUCGCUCAAUAAGCUUUUUAGCUUGCGCGUGUGCAUACCUUGUUCUACCGUAGUACUCUUCUCAUGCAUGCCUUUGUUCUCCCGUAGCAUUGUGUAUGUCAGCUAGAAGCAUGAUAACGCUUGCAUCAAUCGUGGACUUAUUUAUGGUGGCUUGCUCCUCGUUCAUCACCUACGGCCCUGGUGGUCUCAGUCUUUCCAAUGUUUGUAAGGUCUCGUAGAGUAACCCUCUCAGUUCCGUAGUGUGCGUAACACGU